AAUGAUAUGCGAUCGGCUACGAAGAGCAAGAUGGCCAAAAUUCAGAACUACGUGCGCGAGCACGGUGAGGACUGCCCGUACAAGCUGAACCUGGUGGAGCGGCUCAUCUGGGACACGUUCAGCGUGAAGCCGGAGGAGUACAUGAAGGAUCUGAACAUGAAGCUGUGGCGCGAGAAGCAGCAAAAGUGUGCCGGACCGUCGGUCGGUGACAGUGUGUCCUCCUGCUCGUCCCAGCUGUCGGCCGAGCAGAGCUUCGACAUGGGAUGGAAUCAGGUGGGGACGACCGUGCACGACACUGGUGCCACCGGGUGGAGCUCCGCGUCGUUCGCUUCCAUGGGCAGGGAGGGCGGUGUGAUGGAGGACACGAAUCGAACGGCCCCUUUCUAUCCUACUUCCAGCACUGGCCAGCCGGAUCAAAGCUUCGGACCACCGGCACAGCCGAUGGAAAUGGACUAUGCGGGAUAUUCGGGAGCAUCCACAAGCAGCAACGUAACGCACCUCAGAAGCUUGGAAUCAACGACUCAGUGGCCAUCUACGGGCUCAGCUUCCGAGGACCAGUCAAAGCUAAUCCCGAGUGGAUCGACUGAUCUCGUGCCCGGCAGCAAGGUGUUGCGAGAGUUGAACAAACUGUUCGAUCUGGUGCUGAAACAAAAUGAAGAAAUUCUGGCCUUGCUAAGGCAACCCGCAGGCAAUGAGCAGGAGAACCGUGUGUGAUGGAAAACAGUUCAUGAAGAGUUCCUUAACAAUAGUAAACUAUGAUUGUAAAGAGUGUCUAAAGUUAAAAUAUAUA